AUGAUUUAUGAGCAGCGUGAAAGUAUGAGAGAGGAAGACGAAUUUUGCAAACGAAAUCAGAGGCACCUGACAGCGUGUGUGGGCUGUGUGAAUCAACUUGGAGGUGUCUUUGUGAAUGGUCGCCCCUUGCCCACCUGUAAGCGGAAGAAGAUCAUAGAGAUGGCAGUUGGUGGCAUCAGGGCAUGUGACAUCUCCAGGAUUUUACAGGUCUCUAAUGGCUGUGUGAGUAAGAUUCUGGGCCGAUACUACCAAACAGGCUCUUUUGGUCCAAAAGCAAUUGGUGGGAGUAAACCACGACUGUCAACCCCAGAGGUGGUGGCUAAGAUUGCUCACUUUAAAUGGAAUAAUCCAUCAAUGUUUGCCCGGGAAAUCCGUGGGAGGUUAUUGUCAGAAGGAAUCUGCACCAAGGACACAAUUCCUAGUGUUUCUUCUAUUAAUCGAGUCUUGCGGAACCUGCAGUCUGACCUGCAAAUCUCUACAUCUGAGGUCACAACAAGGAACCAAUGGACAGGAGAUUUUGGAGAGCAGGAAACGGGUGAAACUUUGAACAUCUUGUCAUCUGAUUUUGUUGAGGAUGUUCAGCCAAACUGUCAGCAAAGGAACCGAACCGUUUUCACACAAAGGCAGGCUGAGGAGUUAGAGAAAGAAUUCAGAAGAACGCAAUAUCCAGAUGUGCUUGUACGAGAAAAAUUAGCUUCAAAAACAUCUCUUCCAGAGGCUAGAAUCCGGAUAGCACCUCUGGCAGUGAUUUCAUUUUGUGCUGAGUAUGAUUACCUGGGUUAUGUGCCCAAGUCUCAGGAUGUGGUGUUGUACCCAUAA